AUGGAGAUGGGUGCACUGGUCGUAAAGGCAUUUCUUCAGCAAAGAACAAAAGUAAUGACAAGGCAGCACAGGUAUCGUGAAGGCGAAAACUCAACUAGCUAUCCCGCUUGCCAGAACACAUCCCGAAGAGCGGUACAGAAAUGCAAGAGGCACGCACGGAGGAACAAACGGAGUUAUUCAUGCUACCCGUUAGUUCCCGGGCCUUCUGCGGCAAGGCGGUUGUUGGGUAGAAUUAGGCGGGACGAGCCGAAAGGAUGUGCCAUGAGCAAGCAGGAAGCCGAUAACGAAGGCGAGUGGAAGAAAAAUGACUGCGAAGUCAAUGAGUCUAGAUCUCAAUGGUAUAACCCCCCCAGGAAAAAAGCAAAAGGCGCAGAAACGACAGGAACAAAUGAAAGCGAACAAAGGGAAAAGAUGAAACCAAAAAACAGUUGUUGCCAAUUCUAUCCCAUCCGUCUAUGUGGUAAACGCCGAACAGAAGAAAGACCCAAGAGAGGAAAAGCCAUUUUUUUGGAGCAAAAGGAGAACAAAGGAGGAAGAGAGACGAGGGGGCGGCAGGGGAUCGAAACGCCGGAAAGACGAGGAAGGACGACAGAUAUUGUUGGGCCAGAUCGAAGCGACCAGAAGAAAGAGAAAGCUGGUCGGGCUGUUUUGAAAUCUCUGGUCAAGUAG